AUGGCAAAGUCUCAAGAAGAAAUCGUUCGUAUAUUUUUUAACCAUUUAUCAAGAUCCAGUUAUGAUGAUGCAAAAGAGUUUAUGGAGAAACAGCGUUUAGUAUACCUAAACAAUGCUUGGCCCAAGGCAAUGUUUGAUAUUCUAUGUGAUUUUGCUUUGGCUGAAAAGAAUUACUAUGAUACCAAUUUUGAACCUGCAAAAAUUAAAAUGGUUGAGCGAAAAGAAAACGAGAACUAUCUGGACUUUGUGUACAAGACCUUGUUUCAAGACCUCGAAAAACUCCAGACUGAGGUUGAUGAUAACUAUGUUACAAAAUUUAUGACUACGCUUCUACAGUUUAUAUCUGUUAGACUCCAACUUCUUGAACUAUAUGAUAAAUUAUAUGAAAUCGGAACAUUGAACAGUUUGAUUAAUUUUAGAGAGUUAUCUGAAAUUGUUGAAAAUAUUCAGAAUGAUCUUAUCAAUUUUUCACCUGUUGAUCAAGUAUUAAGGAUUGUACGGUAUGAGCUGGAUUGCAUUCAACAUUUAUUCAAGUGUCAUGAACAUUUAGGAGAUUGGUCAUAUUUUAAUUCAUUGAUUAGCUUAAAGGAAAGUAGUGAUGCAUUUAUUGCUUGGGAAAAAUGUUAUCAAAACCAAGAGGGUUGGAGAUUUAGCUCAUUGUUUAAGAGCAAAAGUACGUUACCUCCAUUGCUUUUAUGGUUCCAAAGAUUCAAACACAUGACAAUUUCUAAAUAUAUGUUGUAUUUUUAUGGAAUUCUUAUACGACAAUCAUCAUUGCGUGAAGUCAAGAAUACAUGUGAAACCAAAAAUUUACAUUUUUUUACAAAGAUGCAACAAUUAAAGCAGAAGGCAGAGGCUUUAUCUGCAAUAUUGGUGUAUGAAACCCCCGAUUAUCCUUCUGAUAAUGUCUCUUGUAAUGAGGGUUCACCUACUCCACCUAUAACUAAAAUGGAUCCAUAUUUUAAGUAUAAAGUUAUGAUCAGUUAUCCAAAGGUCCCAGUUAAAUUUGAUGUGGUAGAAAAGAUAAGAAUUAACGAAGAAGAAAACUCCGUAAAUAAAAUUGAAAUGAUUACAGAUGAAAAUAUCACUUAUAUGUUAAUGAGAGUGGACUUGAAAGUAAUUUUUAUCAUGUGUUUUAAUGGCAAACCUAAAAAUGAAGAAAGGGAGAAAGCAAGCAUAUUAGAAUUUGUUUCAAUGCUUCGAUGUCAUAGAUAUUUUACUUCUGUUAAUAGAUAA